AUGUCGUCUGAAGAGAUAACCAAUCUCAAGCAAGUUCGAAAGAACUCUGAUCAUGGAGAAAUCCAUGCCACGACCGAAAAUAUCUUCACGGAGGAUGCUUUGGACCCAGUUUAUCAGAAGAAGGCUAGGGUUCUGAAUGACGCCAUUCAAGAAGUAGGAAUGGGUCGCUAUCAGUGGGCACUCUUUGUCGUGGCUGGAUUCGGAUGGCUGGUCGACAACCUUUGGCCUAUCGUCACAGGACUUAUCCUACCACCCGUAUUGAACGAAUUCACCUUCGAUGGGCCAUUCCUCAAGCUCGGUCAGAACAUAGGUCUUCUCGUAGGGGCCGUCUUUUGGGGGGUAGGUUCCGACAUCUGGGGAAGAAGGGUCUCUUUCAAUAUCACUCUCCUUAUCACCGGGGUCUUUGCACUUGCUGCAGGUGGUUCUCCAAAUUAUGUCGCUCUAUGCUCGCUCGCCGCCGUCUGGUCAGUUGGAGUUGGAGGGAAUCUGCCCGUUGACUCUGCAAUCUUCCUAGAGUUCGUACCUGCCACCCAUCAAUACCUCUUAACUGUGCUCUCUAUUUGGUGGGCUUUUGGACAACUGCUCGGGAGUCUGAUCGCAUGGCCGCUGAUAGGGAAGUAUUCUUGUACUUUGACUCCAUCCACUCCCUGCACAAGGGAGUCCAAUCAAGGAUGGCGGUACUUCCUGUUUACCAUGGGUGCAUUCAUGAUGCUCUUGUGGUCUAUACGGUUCUUCGUCUUCAAGCUAUACGAAAGUCCAAAAUACUUGAUGGGAAAGGGACAAGACGACAUGGCGGUCGAGGUCGUACACAAGGUUGCCGAGUUCAACCGAAAGACGAGCCAUCUCACUCUGGAUAAUUUGACCUCAAUCGGUAGUCUAAGCAAAGAUAAUAUCGGCGGGAAGGCAGCGAUCAAGAGGAAAAUUGCAAGGUUCGAUUCCAACCAUAUCAGGAGUCUAUUUGCUACAAGAAGGUUGGCCUGGUCGACGAGUUUGCUUAUCGCUUUAUGGGCUUUGAUUGGCCUCGCAUUCCCUCUCUAUAAUGCCUUUGUAACGUAUUUCUUAGCCACUCGAGGUGCUAAAUUCGGCGACGGGUCGCUCUACAUUACCUAUCGCAAUCAAGUUAUCCUGAGUGUCAUUGGUGUUCCUGGAGCCUUGUUGGCAGGAUACAUGGUUGAGUUACCAUUCCUAGGACGACGAGGGAGUCUGUCCAUCUCUACUUUGCUUACCGGAGUGUUUAUCUUAGCAUCGACGACCGCCAGAUCUUCAUACGCGCUCCUUGGGUGGAAUUGCGCGUACAGCUUCACCAGCAACGUGAUGUAUGGUGUACUAUAUGCCUUAACGCCAGAAUUGUUCCCGACCAAGGACAGAGGUACAGGAAACGCUCUCACGGCGUGCGCAAACAGGAUUUUCGGGGUCAUGGCUCCGAUUGUUGCACUCUAUGCUGAUCUAACAACGUCCGUUCCUAUCUAUGUUUCUGGUGCUAUCUUUCUCUUUGCCGGAUUCCUCGCGUUGCUACUACCCUUUGAGUCGCGGGGCCGAGCGUCACUCUAG